GCGGGGCACACCAGCGCCAGGAAGGGCGGGGCGGCCCGGCCUCUUCCUCUUCCCCCACCCGGGCCUGCCCAGACGGCGCUGCGGUGCCGCGGGGGUGCUGCGAUCUGCUCACAGCUCCGCGGGCGCGGAUACCGGCCGCUCUGACAGAACUGAGCCUCGCCGGGCACCGUACCCUGGGACGACCUGGAUUCCUCCAGAAGGUCCCAGCAGCGCCCACACAGCCAUGCAUUACCCAGCCGUGCUCCUGCUUCUCCUGCCCGGUGGGGCUGAGGCCUUUCGCAUCUGUGCCUUCAAUGCCCAGCGGCUGACGCUUUCCAAGGUGGCCAGGGAACAUGUGAUGGACAUCUUUGUCCGGAUCCUGGCUCGCUGCGACAUCAUGGUGCUGCAGGAGGUGGUGGACUCUUCUGGCAGUGCUAUAUCCCUCCUGCUUCGAGAACUCAAUCGAUUUGAUAACUCCGGGUUCUACAGCUUCUUGAGCAGCCCCUUGCUAGGGCGCAACACAUACAUGGAGAAGUACGUGUACAUCUACCGGUCCCACAAGACACAGGUAUUGGAUUCCUACGUGUACGAGGACAAGGAUGAUCUCUUUGCCCGGGAGCCGUUCGUGGCCCAGUUCACUUUUCCCAGCAAGGUCCUUCCCAGCCUGGUGCUGGUCCCACUGCACACCACUCCGAAGGCCGUGGAGAAGGAGCUGAAUGCCCUGUACGACGUGUUUCUGGACGUCUCCCAGCGCUGGCAGAGCAAGGACAUGAUCCUGCUUGGGGACUUCAACGCUGACUGCGCCUCACUGAACAAAAAGCGCCUGGCUGAGCUGGCGCUGCGGACCGAGGCGGGCUUCCGCUGGGUGAUCGCCGACGGGGAGGACACCACGGUGCGGGCCAGCACCCACUGCGCCUACGACCGCAUAGUGCUGCACGGGGAGCGCUGCCAGAGUCUGCUCAGCUCCGCGGCCGCCUUUAACUUCCCCAGGAGCUUCAGACUCAACGAAGAGGAGGCCCUCAACAUCAGCGACCACUACCCUGUGGAAGUGGAGCUGAGCCGGGCGGCACCCAGGGUCCAGCCUCUUGGCCUGGCUGCUCUGUUGCUGUUGCUGCUACUCCUGCUCCCCUAGCUGGGCCUGGUGGCCUGAACCAGCCUGGGGCCUGCUACCCACAGAUGGGAGGACUGUGCUGCCUUCGGGACUCAAAUCGUGGUCUCUCCUCUCUGCUCCGGGGACCCAGAGACUCCUGAGGGGCUUCGGCUGCAGCCCUCCUCCAUCUGACUAUAGCUCUGCCCCACUGGACUGCAACCCGUCUCCACCUGCCUUUUCUUUGGCUUUGGUUUGUGUUCUUUGGUUGGGCCCCUGCCUGGCAUUAGAAUGUAGAAGGCGGCAGGGACCCUGAGGCUAGACCCAUGGCACUCUGCCCCUGGCUAGUGUCACGAGAGGGGAUAGAGUAGGCUCUAGGGCUGGGGGAGGAGGAAAGGGGGCUCAGGUGAUUUUGGCUCAACUGCAAGGCUCAGAAAAGGGAAUCACAACAGAACAGAUUUUAUUAUAGGACAAAGAGGGAACUUACACGCUGAGAAAAAGCUAAAUUUGGGGAUAUUACACAUGUGGAGCAGAUGUGCCCGAGAGCCAUUUUUAUUGCAUACAGGAUUCACAGGAAUCUGUAUUAAGAUUCCAGCAGAUACAAUGACCGAUAAGCAGUUUACACACGCAGUAACUAGUGAACAGAGUAUGUUUAAACUCGUAAUCUAAUAAAUCAAAGUAGCUGCAAACAGC